CUUAAUUUGGAGAACUUGCAUUGACGAAAAGAAAAAAAUUUGGAGAACUUGCAAAUUCUCAAAAACCUAAUUACUCGGACAAAGUGAUUCAAUGGCGAAACUCAAGGUUGCUGGGACAUGGGGAGGCAUAAUAGAAGUCGAACUCGAGAACUGGACUGUAACCAUGUUGAGAGACGAAGUAGCCAAGCGAUCGGGCCUCGAUCCUGAAUCAAUCAAACUAAUUUUCGCCGGAAAAAUCCUCAAAGACCAUGGCGAUGCUACUCAGACGCUUGCUCAAUUGGGUAUUAAGGACAAUUCGAAGAUCCUCUCCAGUCGCGGUGCUGCACCAGAAGAAGGCAAGUCUAUCAUGGAGGAGGAAGAAAGGUCAAGACGUCUCUCUCGUGUCAAAGCUGCAGCUACAGCGUUGUCCAAGAGACACGCUGAUGGUUCGUUGCCGAUCGAAGACUAUAACAUAGAGCUGGAAGAUCAGGGAGGUCAUAGAGUAAAUUUUGGAACAGAGACUGAUCAGAGUGCAGCAAUGAUGGGUCUUAUGCUACAUACUAAGGGAAAAAGUCUAAUAGAAAAGGAAAUGUAUUCUGAUGCAAUAGAAGUUCUUGCCAUGGCAGAGGAAUCGUUCUUGGUCUGUGAUCCCAAGAUUCUCGAGUUUGUUGACAACAUCCCUAUAAUGGAAAUCGACAUUGUAUGGUGCUAUUUCUUGCUCCGGGACCUCAAAUGCCUGUCAGAUGCUGGCGUCCGCCUUGAAAAAGCAAGGAAAGGACUUGAGCGUGCUCAUGGGAAGGACCUUUCUCGUGUGAGACUCCUCCAAGCUGGUCAAUGUCCAGAAUUGGCACUAUAUGUGAGACUGGAGUUACUAGAAGGCGUGGUUGCAUAUCACACUGGUCAAAAUGAUAAAGCCUUGAAUGCACUGAAGUCCGCUCAUGCAAAAUUGUUGCAGCUACAAAUACCCGAUGAAACGCUGUCCUUAGUUAUGGGUAUGGGUUUCCAGGAGAAGGAUGCUAAGAGAGCUUUGCGACUGAACAAUCAGGAUAUCGCGAGUUCUGUUGAUUUCCUCAUUGAAGAGAGGGCCAAAAGAGUUCAAAAGCUGAAGGAUAAUUACCAGAGACAAAAAGAGCUACUUGAGCAGAAGACGUAUGGAGUGACACCCAUGAAGAAAGCUGUUGAUAUGCAGAUGCUUGACAGGCUCGUCUCGAUUGGAUAUGCGAGGGAUCUUGCUGCUGAAUCCCUCCGGAGAAAUGAGAACGAUUUUCAGAAAGCUCUUGAUGGACUUACGAAUCCAGAAGUUAAUUCCUCGAUACAGGUUUACAUUGAAUCUAGGAAAAGAAAACGACAGGAAAAACUAGUAGGCAUAACAGUCGACGAACUUGUUUCUAUGGGCUUUGAACGAGGACAAGCAACCUCUGCUUUGGAGGCAGGUGGCGACCGAGAAGAUAUCAUUCAAAGGCUACUAUCUUUACAAAAAGCAAACCCAGGAACUGCUACUCUUACAGGCAAUGGCGGUGCAGCGAGUAGUACAAACAAUGGGGCUGGAGAAAGCAUAUCAAAUGAAAUUGAUGGUGGGGCAGAGCAGGACGCUGAGAUGAAUGGUGAAACAACGGAUGAGAUUGAAAACCGAGGAAGCACAUCCGGUGAAAGUGAUGGUGAGGAAGAGCGGGACGCUGAGAUAGAACAUGAAAUAGCAAAUGAGAUUGCGAAGGUUGAUGCAUUGUCUGCUUAUGAUAUCAAUCUUGAUAGAGAAAUUGAAGCUAUAAAUGAGUACCUGGGCAUGUUAGAUGCAUCUCAGACUUCUGGUUGAAGAGCUGUUCCCAGCAAGAGAAGCUAAGAUUCAGAAAGUUGUAGAUAAACGAAUAAUAAUACUCAUCAGAGUUAUUGCAUGGCCAAUAUGGGUUGGUAUGGUACCUUAAUUAGUUAUUUGCUAUGCAGAAACUGA